CGGAAGUUCCCAGAAGCCUCAGCCCACUGCACACAUUCAAGCUGGAGCGACACCAUGCUGCUGUGUGGGGCCACCAUCCUGGUUCCUAGGGCUGCCCUGUUGACCCGGCUCCUCUCGGGCUUAGGAGCCCUGCGGGGCCUCUCCAGCAUCAGUGCCAACAAUACUUAUGAUGUGGUGGUGGUGGGUGCAGGCAUCGUGGGCCUGGCAGUGGCCCGUCAGCUACUUCUCCGUCACCCUAACCUCCUCGUGGGUGUCCUGGAAAAAGAGGCAGGUGUGGCGAGGCAUCAGUCUGGCCACAAUAGUGGAGUCAUCCACAGUGGCCUCUACUAUGCUCCCGGCUCCCUCAAGGCCAUGCUGUGUGUGCGAGGUGCUGCCCUGCUCUACGCCUAUUGUGAGGAGCGCCAUAUCCCUUACCGUCGCUGUGGCAAGCUGGUGGUGGCUGUGGAACGCAGUGAGGUCCCUCGCCUACGGGCCCUCUAUGAGCGGGGCCUGCAGAACAAAGUGCCUGACUUGUGCCUGCUCCAGCCACACGACAUCCAGGAACGGGAGCCAUACUGCCGUGGCCUGCUGGCCCUCGAGUCCCCGCACACGGGCAUAGUGGACUACAAGCGUGUGGCUGAGGCCUAUGCCGAGGACUUUCGUGAGGCUGGUGGCCUCCUGCACACAGGCUUUGAGGUGAACAGCAUCCAGCUGGUUGGGACUGGUGCGCAGGCCCCCAUUGAGCUCCUUAGCACAGGUGGGGCCCGCAUCCAAAGCCGCUAUGUGGUCACGUGUGCAGGGCUACAGUCCGACCGGGUUGCCCAGAUGAGUGGCUGCAGCUUCCAGCCCAGCAUCGUACCCUUCCGUGGGGACUACUUGGUGCUGCGACCUGAGAAGGCGCACCUGGUCAGGGGUAACAUCUACCCUACGCCCAAUCCCAGCUUACCCUUCCUGGGGGUCCACUUCACUCCCCGCAUGGAUGGCAGUGUGUGGCUGGGCCCCAAUGCUAUUCUGGCUUUCAAGCGUGAGGGCUAUGGCCUCCUGGAUUUCGAUGCCAAGGACACGUGGGAUACAGUGCUUAACAGAGGCCUGGCCAAGUUGCUCUUCCGACACUUCAAGGCUGGCGCGGCUGAGCUCCUUCGCAGCUUCUCCAUGGCAGCCACCAUCAAGGAUCUACAGAGGUUUAUUCCCGAGAUCACUGUCAAAGAUGUGGCUCGAGGACCUUCUGGGGUCCGAGCCCAAGCCCUGGAUGGGGAGGGCAACCUUGUGGAUGACUUUAUAUUCGACGGAGGUGUUGGUGCUUUGGGAAGUCGGAUCCUGCAUGUGAGAAACGCACCCUCUCCAGCAGCCACCUCAUCUCUGGCCAUUUCAGAAGUGAUUGUGGAUGAAGUGGAACAGAAAUUUGAAAUAUAAACCUUGGAGGCAGAGGCGGACAUUUAGAGACAUGACCAAAGAAGUAGCUUUCUUAUUAGGGCAUAGGAGAACACUAAGACGUGAAUAUGAUUAUCUUAUGAAAUGAAAACCAAUGUUCCUUUAUUUUUAAUUUUUAAUUCCCAGAAAGCUUGCCACAAAGAUUGUUCUGGAUUGGGUGCCAAUGAGGGCCACAAAAAUCACUUAAGUCCUUUUAUUCUUCCUAGGACAUCUUUGUUUUUAAACUCUUACCUUCUGUCUCAGUAAUAGCUCUUAAGACAGAAGGGCUAAGGUUGGACAAAAGGUUAAGUGCUUUGCCCAGGUACAAACAGCUAGGAAGUGUCUGAGGCCAGGAUUUGGAACCUAGCCUUCUUCUCAUGCUUUAGCCACUAUUCUUCCCAGGACAUCUCAUGUUUUCAAAUCUUGGUGUGAGAUGUUAGCAAUUUGUAAUUAUUUUGUAAUCAUUAUUUUAAAAAAUUUAUAUAUGUAAAGUAUAUGAAAAUCACUGGGAUGGACAAUGACAAUGAUUACUAUGCAAUAUUUUUAAUAUGGGCUCAAUCAAAAGCUAUUUAUUAAAUGAUUACUAUCAGG